CUACCUCGACGCCUCUUACCGACGACAUGAAUCCUCUGGUGCUGCUUCCCUUCAUGGUGGCUGGGUGUGUGGCGGCCCCAACAUAUGCAGCGGGCACUGUGGCCAUCCAUGGCGCGCCCCUGGCCGUGCAGCACGAGGUGACGGCUCACGGGCCUGCUGGUGUCCACUUUAAGACAGUAGGCGAGGCAGUGGCCGUGGCUCCUGCCGUGGCAGCCGCCGUGCCCGGGUACGCCGUCCAGGGUGAGCUUCGUCAGGUGACACAGACCUUCCCAGAGCCAGCUCCUGUUGAGGUUAACGUAAAGAGUCUUCCCGUCUUCUCUGCCCCCGCCCCCCUGGCUGUGGCCCACGCCCCCUUGGCUGUGGCUCACGCUCCUCUGGCUGUGGCUCCCACAUUAAAGGCCGUCGAGAUCCCCGCACAUGUGGCUGUGGCCCCUGCCGCUGUGGCUUACUCCAACUUCAACCUCAACAUCCCGGCGCCCGCACCCACUGGGGACGCCCCCGCCCCUGAGCUGCUGGUCCAGCGCACGCCCGUCAAGGCUCUUGGUCGCCCCGUUGUCUCCUAUACUCCCCAGAUCACUGAGGUUCGCCCCGAGCUUAAGAUCAUCGAGAAGACCUACGACGUUGCCGUACCCAAGCCUGUCUACGAGACCAAGGAAGUCACUCCCAUUCACCACCAGUACGUGCCCGAGCCCUACGCCGUGCCCGAGCCCUACGCCGUGCCCCAGCCCUAUGCUGUGCCCGCACCCUAUGCCCACCCCGUCCACGUACAGCACCACGUCGCUGCUGUUCCUGCUGUUCAUCACGUAGGUGCUGUUGCUCAUGGUGCUGUCUUCCCCUAUGGCGCUGCUCACCUGGCCGGCCCCGUCGUCGCACACUGAGUUUCCCUCGGGAGGCGGCGUCAGCUGACACUACCGGUGAUAGUGGCAGAAUGACGCUGCAGUCCCGCUGUACAAUAAAUACACAGACUAAUGCAUUUGUAAAUAAUGCAGUGUAUGUUGACAGUCAAUAAAUUUUCAUUGUUCUA